UGAUCAUAAUAUGAAGAUUGUGACAUAUUGACGCAACGUGUGUAUGUAUAAACAUGUGAAAACAUUAAUAUCAAAACAUAUGUAGAGUGCAUACAAAAUGGAUCUCCUAGACCAACGUAAGACCAAACAAGUAUGCCAGUGCUCCCAGAAACUGAAUUAUAAUGUGAUGCCUGUGUCCCAGCCAGUGCGUGCCAAGAGUUUGUUACGCGCAAACUUAGAAAAUUCUCGCGGACGUCUUUUGCAAAGCAGAAUGCCAAACAUCAAAGUCUUUAGUGGCACGUCGCAUCCGGAUUUGGCUCAGCGUAUCGUCGACAGGCUCGGUAUAGACAUUGGAAAAGUUGUCACCAAGAAAUUUAGCAACCUCGAAACAUGUGUGGAAAUAGGAGAAUCCGUUCGAGGAGAAGAUGUGUACAUUGUACAAAGUGGAAGUGGAGAAGUAAAUGACAAUUUGAUGGAACUGUUGAUUAUGAUCAAUGCAUGUAAAAUUGCUUCAGCAUCACGUGUAACAGCAGUGAUUCCCUGUUUCCCAUACGCGAGACAAGAUAAGAAGGAUAAGAAUCAAAUUGUCAUGAAGUCAAACGAGUGGAAGUUCAGGAGUCGAGCACCUAUUUCUGCAAAAUUGGUAGCAAAUAUGCUCUCGGUAGCAGGAGCUGAUCACAUCAUUACAAUGGAUUUGCAUGCUAGUCAAAUUCAAGGAUUUUUCGACAUUCCAGUUGACAACUUAUUUGCUGAACCUGCAGUGUUAAAAUGGAUUAAGGAAAAUAUUGUUGAAUGGCGGAAUAGUAUUAUCGUUUCUCCGGAUGCGGGUGGUGCUAAAAGGGUAACGUCCAUCGCUGAUCGAUUAAACGUUGAGUUUGCGCUUAUACAUAAAGAAAGGAAGAAAGCAAAUGAAGUUGCCAGUAUGGUAUUAGUUGGAGAUGUAAAAGAUAGAGUUGCCAUCCUAGUAGAUGACAUGGCUGAUACUUGUGGCACUAUUUGUCACGCAGCAGAAAAACUGCUGGAGGCCGGUGCUACAAAAGUUUAUGCUAUUUUGACACAUGGUAUUUUCAGUGGUCCAGCAAUAAGCAGAAUUAAUAAUGCAUGUUUCGAAGCUGUUGUAGUAACAAAUACUAUUCCUCAAGAUGGUCAUAUGAAAGAUUGUCCAAAAAUACAGUGCAUUGAUGUAUCAAUGAUGUUUGCCGAAGCUGUAAGACGGACUCACAAUGGUGAAUCUGUAUCGUACCUGUUUUCAAAUGUACCGUAUUAGACACAAAUCUCCUAAAAAUGUACUCUAUGAAACUGUGUAAGGAGAGCGUAUUCCUUUCAAAUGUGUUUACUGUUAUUCAUAGUUUAGUUUAAAAUAAUUUGCCCACAGCAAAAGUCUUGAAAUAGGUACUAGUGUUAUUUCUUUGAAUUGUGAAUCAUAUGUUCUCCUUUUUCUUUUUGUUUGUUUUUGAUAGAUGUGUGUAGGGAAUAAGAGAUUAGAUAGAUAAAAUGUACAAUCCAUCUUGAUCAGAAGUAAGUUGAUAAUUAAUAGUUAUAAACAAGAAUCCUCAGAAUGAAAUUGUUUGAAAAUAAUUAAAUUUUCGCUAGGCUGGUACUUAAAGUGCUAAAUACAUUAUUACCUGGUUUAGAGUAUAAUUUGAAUGAUACUCGAGACGUUAAAAAUGAAAUACAUCUAUUAUCGUGAUGUGAACUGACGUUACAUUCGUCCUGAGUAAAUAAUUCAGGAUAGAAAGUAUUUCCAUGGAUGUACCUGGACAUUCAUGCAAAAUAAUUGCGCCAUUAGAGGCAUAUCUCAUUUUUACAAAUAUGUGCAAACAGUUUGCAAUAUUAAAUUUUUCACAUGAUAAUAUAAAAUGUCGAUAAGACUAGCUUUUUACAAUUCUAAUAUGAUGUGGUAUUAUAUUUUAAUACAUCGUAUCUAUUACAGCGUAUUCAAUAGAAAAAUAAUGUUGAGAAAACGUAUCUUUUUUCGAGUAUCUUUUACUACCAUAAUUUGUUAAGGAAACAAAAAUAUGCUAUUUGUACAAACAUGUUUCUAUUACAGAAUAUACUCUGUCUUCAUUUAACAGAGAAAUCCGACUUUACAGUCACCUACUCAGUUAGCUUUGGACCAAUAUAAUAUGGAAAUAUAAGUCAAUAUACAUGCAACAUUGUUUAUAUGCAAACCUUUUUUAAUUCGAAAAGCAAUACCACUUGUUAAAGAAUUUGGUAUUACAAUAAAUAUCUUUACAAAAAUGCAAUUAUAAUUUUGUAUUAAUAUAUUGGAAAAAUUAUAUACAGGAUUAUUGUGUGACUUUAGUAUAAAAUUAACUUAAUUGAAUGCCAUAAUUCUAAUCUUUUACCAUAUUCAAUUAUGUAGAAAUACUUUAUUGUAAUAGAAGUUACAAUUUCGUAUGAAAUGUAAUUGAAGUAAGUGUUCUCAAGUACAAUAAUUUCAUUAGUUGAUUAUCAAAUUAAUAGACUAGUUCAAUUUCCGCUAUUAACUAGAUAUAUUAAUCUACGAUCUAUUUGUUGCACUAUAAUACUCAAAUUUUAUUAUAUUUUAUUAAAUUGUAUUUGCGAUU